GUGUGUGUGCGUGCGCGUGCAGAGGGCCAGCUGGCGGUCUCUCUGUGCUCUGCUCGGCUCACUGCUCAGCAAUGGCGCUGCGGGCUGCCCAGCUCUUUUCUCCGUGUCUGCUCGCGGCCGCGUUGUUGCUGCUCGCCGGCGGACCACACUCUGGACUUUGUUGCCCGAGCCGCUGCCUGUGUUUCCGAACCACGGUGAGAUGUAUGCAUCUGAACCUGGAGACGGUGCCGGCAGUGUCGCCUCAGACCACCAUCCUAGAUCUGAGGUUCAACAAAAUCAAAGAUAUACAACCGGGGUCCUUCAGGCGAUUAAAGAACCUCAACACACUCCUCCUUAACAACAACCAUAUACGAAGGAUCCCCAGGGGGGCGUUUGAAGACCUGGAAAACCUCAAAUAUCUCUAUUUGUACAAGAAUGAAAUCCAAUCAAUUGACAGACAAGCAUUUAAGGGCCUUGUCUCUCUUGAGCAACUGUAUCUGCACUUCAACAACAUUGAGUCGUUGGAACCAGAAUCAUUCACCCAUCUCCCAAAACUGGAACGACUGUUUUUGCACAACAACAGAAUUACCCACCUCGUCCCGGGGACCUUCUCUCAUCUUCAGGCCAUGAAGCGAUUGCGACUGGAUUCCAACGCGUUAAACUGUGACUGUGAGCUGCUGUGGUUGGCCGACCUGCUGAAGCAGUACGCCGAGUCAGGCAAUGCCCAGGCCGCCGCAACGUGCGACUACCCGAGCCGCCUGCAGGGCAGAUCUGUGGCGACGCUCACUGCAGAGGAGCUCAGCUGUGAGAUACCCAGGAUCACGUCGGAGCCCCAGGAUGUGGACGUAACAUCGGGGAACACGGUCUACUUCACCUGCAGGGCUGAAGGCAACCCUAAACCACAGAUCAUCUGGCUCAGGAACAAUAAUGCUCUAAACAUGCGCGACGACAGUCGUCUGAACCUGCUGGAGGACGGGACGUUGAUGAUCCAAGACACCAGAGAGACGGACGAGGGCGUGUACCAGUGCAUGGCCAAAAACGUGGCCGGGGAGGUCAAGACUUCACAGGUCACACUGAGAUAUUUCGGUGCCCCCUCACGGCCAAGUUUUGUGAUCCAGCCCCUGAGCACGGAGGUGCUGGUGGGGGAAAGUGUUACUCUGGAGUGCAGCGCCACAGGUCAGCCACAGCCUCGGAUCUCCUGGACUAAAGGCGACCGCACGCCUCUGCCCAGCGACACUCGCAUCAACAUCACCCCCUCUGGAGGGCUUUAUAUCCAGCAGGUGGUCCAGGCUGAUGCGGGACAGUAUACCUGUUUUGCCUCCAAUAAUAUUGAUACCAUACACGCAACAGCUUUUAUCAUUGUACAAGCCAUCCCACAGUUUACAGUCACGCCACAGGACCAGUCGGUUCUGGAGGGUCACACGGUGGACUUCCCCUGCGAGGCGAGCGGCCACCCACAGCCGGUGAUCGCCUGGACGAGAGGGGGCAGCCCGCUGCCCCUGGACCGGCGUCACGUGGUCCUGUCGUCCGGGACCCUGCGCAUCACCCGGGUAGCGGCCCACGACGAGGGCCAGUACGAGUGUCAGGCGGUCAGCCCUGUGGGGACGGUGCAGACGGCUGUUCAGCUCAGCAUCCAGCAGAGAGUAACGCCUGUUUUCACAAAUGCUCCAAGGGACCUGACGGUUGAGUCUGGUCAGGACGUCCAGAUCCCCUGCAGCGCUCAGGGCCAGCCGCAGCCUGUCCUCACCUGGAACAAGGAUGGAGUGCAGGUGACGGAAAGUGGCAAGUUCCACAUCAGCUCUGACGGUUACCUGGAGGUGAAAGACGUGGGCACUGCUGAUGCUGGGCGCUACGAGUGUGUCGCUCGCAACCCCAUCGGCUACCAGGUUGCUAGCAUGGUGCUCACUGUCACAGUUCCUGCAGUGAGCAGAGAGGGAGACACCUUCGUGAGCACAUCCAUAGAGCAGGCCAUCCGCACCGUGGACAGCGCCAUUGAGUCCACGAGGAGACGUCUCUUUGAUGGUCAGCCUCGUACCCCGGGGGAGUUGCUGGCUCUUUUCCGGUAUCCUCGCGACCCCUACACGGUGGAGCAGGCGCGUGCAGGGGAGAUCUUCGAGCAAACUCUCCUGCUCAUCCAAAACCACGUCAACCAGGGUCUCACGGUCGACACCAACGGCACCGCGUUCCGCUACAAUGACCUGGUGUCGCCCCGGUUCCUGGAUGUGAUUGCCAAUCUGUCGGGCUGCACGGCUCACCGCCGGUUCAACAACUGCUCUGACAUUUGCUUCCACCAGAAGUACCGCAGCCACGACGGAACGUGUAAUAACCUUCAGCACCCGAUGUGGGGCGCCUCCCUCACCGCCUUUGAGCGGCUGCUGAAGUCCGUCUACGAUAACGGCUUCAAUCUGCCGCGGGGCGCCAACGAGCAGCCGCACAACGGGUACAGGCUGCCGCUGCCGAGGCUCGUGUCCACCACGAUGAUCGGAACGGAGACCAUCACUCCUGACGACCGCUACACUCACAUGCUCAUGCAGUGGGGCCAGUUCCUCGACCACGACUUGGACUCGACAGUGGCCGCACUCAGCCAGUCGCGGUUCUCCGACGGCCAGCUCUGUGCCCAGGUCUGCACCAACGAUCCACCAUGUUUCCCAAUCCAGUUCCCACCCAACGACCAAAGGCAGCUGCGGAGCGGCGCCCGCUGCAUGUUCUUUGUCCGGUCCAGUCCCGUGUGUGGCAGCGGGAUGACAUCUCUACUCAUGAACAGUGUUUAUCCAAGAGAGCAAAUCAACCAGCUCACGUCUUUCAUCGAUGCUUCCAAUGUUUACGGCAGUUCGCGACAUGAAUCGGAGGAAAUCCGGGACUUGGCGAGCCAAAGAGGUUUGCUGCGGCAGGGAAUCAUACAGCGCACGGGCAAACCACUGCUGCCCUUCGCCACUGGACCGCCAACGGAGUGCAUGAGGGAUGAGAACGAGAGCCCGAUUCCAUGUUUCCUCGCCGGAGACCACCGAGCAAACGAGCAGCUCGGUUUGACGGCGAUGCACACGGUGUGGUUCAGGGAACACAACCGCAUAGCCACAGAGCUACUGAGACUAAAUCCACACUGGGACGGGGACACCAUCUACCACGAGGCGAGGAAGAUAGUCGGGGCCCAGAUGCAGCACAUCACCUACAGUCACUGGUUGCCAAAGAUCCUGGGUGAGGCAGGCAUGAAGAUGAUGGGGACAUACACCAGUUACAACCCCAAUAUUAAUGCCGGCAUCCUUAACGCUUUCGCCACUGCUGCCUUCCGCUUCGGACACACCCUCAUCAACCCGAUACUCUACCGGCUGGAUGAGGAUUUCCAGCCCAUUCCCCAGGGCCACAUCUCGCUCCACCGCGCGUUCUUCUCCCCGUUCCGCAUCGUGAACGAGGGCGGCAUCGACCCGUUGCUCCGCGGGCUCUUUGGCGUCGCGGGUAAGAUGCGCGUCACCACUCAGCUGCUGAACACGGAGCUGACGGAGAGGUUGUUCUCCAUGGCUCACGCCGUGGCUCUGGACCUGGCUGCCAUGAAUAUACAGAGAGGAAGAGAUCACGGCAUGCCGCCGUACAACGAUUACAGGACCUUCUGUAACCUGACCUCCGCCCAGACGUUUGAAGAUCUGAAGAACGAGAUUAAGAAUCCCACCGUCAGGGAGAAAUUACAGAGGCUCUACGGCACGCCGCUGAACGUGGAUCUGUUCCCUGCCCUCAUGGCCGAAGACCUGGUUCCCGGCAGUAGACUGGGGCCCACCCUCAUGUGCCUGCUGGCGACCCAGUUUAAACGCCUGCGGGACGGUGACAGAUUCUGGUACGAAAACCCGGGUGUGUUCACUCCUGCCCAGCUGACCCAGCUGAAGCAGGCCUCCCUGACACGGGUCCUGUGUGACAACGGGGACAACAUCACGCGCAUCCAGCAGGACGUCUUCAGGGUCGCCGAGCUUCCCCACGGCUACGGCAGCUGCGACGACGUCCCGCAGAUUGACCUGCGCAUGUGGCAGGACUGCUGUGAAGACUGCAGAACCAAGGGUCAGUUCAAUGCCCUGUCUUACCACUUCAGAGGACGCAGAUCAGCUGACCAAAGCUACAAGGAGGAGAAACCUGCCGACGGCGUCCAGGAGAACAGCCCGGUGGAGAGAAGCGAACAGCCGAGUCUCGCAAACGUCACCCUGACCUCGAAAAAAAGCACUGAACCCUCAAUCAACGAGUUCCAGGAUUUUGUCUCCGACAUGCAGAAGACCAUCACGAGUUUGCGAAAGCAGAUUAAAAGACUUGAAGCCCGUCUGAAGAAGACUGACUGCACUGAUAGUGAGGGACGCGAGCGAACAGAUGGAGAGAAGUGGAAAAAGGACUCCUGCACUCUCUGUGAAUGCAGGGACUCCCAGGUCACCUGCUUUGUGGAGUCUUGUCCACCGCCCGAGUGCCAGCGGCCCGUCAAGCUAAAAGGCGCCUGCUGCCCAGUUUGCCUCGAGCAUGCAGACGUUGUCAAGUCACAGGAAGCGAACACCCACCGCAACUAACCCUCAGGACCCCGCCCCCCCCUCAACAAACACACUCCAGUGUCUGAAAGUCAAACAUUCACACACAGACAUCCAGAGAGAGGAUGAGACUCUUAAAGGUGUGCCAAUCUGCAUCCACUAAUAGCCUCGAUAGACCCAAUAGCCUCCGUUUUUGUUUCGUUUCACCACGUAUCCUUUGUCUUUGAUCAGUGGAGGGGGGGAAUGUGUUUGGCGGUGUGCCCCCCUGCAGGACCAGCAGCCUGAGGCUCAGAUUGAAAUCCUCUGGCACCAAACCAGCCGUCACUAAAUGGAUUUAUUUCUGAACCAAUUGGUGGAUGGAUGAAUGGGUGGAUUGUAGACAAGACGGACAAACCUCUCCUGCUUUGGAGUCCAUCGUGGCUCCUGAAGUGUAACAAACAGCCGCUGUGUUUGCUUUUCCUGCAACAAAAGCCAGGGCCGUGUGCCGUCGACUCGCAGGGAAGGGCAGCAGCCAUUACAGUGUAUGAUAAAGAAAAACUUCUCAGGUUAGAGAUGCCGAAAACUGGUGCUAUCGCGACCCCGCCUUUUUUUGAUUAUUGAUUUAAUCACUAAACACAAACCAUGCAACGCGACCUAUAUAUACUCAGUAUAUGCAUUUUAAUGAUAAAUCACAAUUGAGAGGAUUGUUUUAUUCAAACUAAAAGACUUUUUUUAUUAUUAAUAGAGUUACUUCAUCCUUUUAUCCACGGUGCUUUAUAUCAUGUUAUAAAUGUUUUUUUGUUUUUUUUUCCUUUUUUCCCUUUUUUGUAUAAAACUGCUUACAUAUGAAGAUAAUGUGAAGCCCUACAAAAACGUUUGUAAUGCAAAAGAUGUCUACUGAUUCCUGCUCCUCUCUCCACGGACACCUUGUUAGUUGACAUGCGUCUCGUCUCCGCUGGCCUGUCCUGAACUUGAGUGAGGUGGAGCCGCGCCGCGCUCCCCGCUGCAGGACACUGUCGUGCUCCUCUCCAACUUUCAUUUUGCUUUCAGAAAGCAGCGAAAAGAAUCUCCUCCUCCUCCUCCUCCUCCUCCUCUUCUUUAUUUUUUACCAUUGUUAAUGUUGUGAACUUUUGUCCCAGUAUUUUUGCUCAGCCGUCGUAAGCCAAAUGUAUGACUUCAUGACAUUAAUAGCACACGUCUAUCCAUGAAACGAAGUAUGAAUGUUGUAAUGAGGUCAGGAUUCAGCCUUUGUUACUGCAGACUCUACCACAGCAGUGUUCUCCUCCUCACCUGUGUCUUCACAGACCUCACACACACACACACACACACACACAACUGAAGGUUCUGCUCCGCCUUUGUGGACCUGCAGCUCUUUACACCCAGUUUACACCCAGACGCGCUCGUCUCAGACCCGUCUCGUCAGUUUUGACAGUGUUUGUGUGGACGUCCUGGACGUCCUCACCCGUGAGGACUGAGGACAUAGGCGAGCGGUGCUCGUCCUGCUCAUGUUUCUUCGCUGUGUUGAAGAUCUUCAGAGCAGGGUGACGUCGUCGAGCAGAGCACGAGUGGUGCGCGCAGGCCUCUCUAACUCUCUGACCCUCAUUCCGCUGUAAUAGAAGCCAUAUGAGAGAGGAAGCGAGGGUAACGGUGGGGGAUGGGCGCUGACGACUGGGAUAUCGUGUCAAUCACAGCGACAUGUUGCUGUUGUUAUUAAAAUUGAUUCCUGGCAACUGGUCUUCCACGAGUACUGUACACGGACACAUGGCGCUCACUGUACCCCCAUGCACUGGCUCGCUUCGUGUAACAAAUCACUUCUUCUUUUUUUGUUUUGUCGAUAUCCUGUUUUGCUUCCCUCCAAUUGUGCGGAAGCGGCCGCAGCUGCAGCGUUUCCCCUCCGUUGUUUCCUUCGUGCGGUAACGUCCCGAGCAAACGUAUCAUGUCGCGUGUUUGAAUACUGGACAGGUUUGUGUGUUUACAGUUUUGUAUGCUUCUCUCCGUCACCGCCCUCCGACCGCGUCUUCUCCAGCGAGGCCGGUCACGACAUGUGCUCUGUUUUGAAUGUUUUACUGAAUUGACUAUUUUGAUAUCAUUGGAUAAACUCUGUGAAUGAGCGUGUGCGUGUGUCUCUUUCUGUUUCACGAACAGGAUCAAAUGCAUUGGCAGCCGAAGCACUGUGAGCUCUCUUCAUUACCAGGCGUGAUAUCCAUAUAUCUGUUGUAUUGGUUCAUAUUUGGUUUUCAUAGCGGUUCCUUCGCGUUUCCUUUUUCCUACGGACUCCCAAGUGUCGAUGGAAUGCACUGCUCCACAAGACUGAACAUGCUUUACCUACACUGUCCCUCAGCCAGUGGUCAAUGUGGAUAUAGUCGUACCGGUCGUGACAUUUGUAUUGUAUUGUACGUUUGCCAAAGAAUGGUUUGCACUGUAAUGUAUGCCUCUCAACAGUAAUAAUAAUAAUAAUAAUAAAGAAAUAAAUAAGCCACAUUUGAAUUACAGUCA